GCGCGCGACGGGGCCCGCGGAGAGUAGCCUAGGAGCUGCGCGGCGGGUCUCGGCACUCUCGGCUCGGCUCAGUAGCGUGACGAGCGUUGGAACCGCGUGUGGCUUGAGCGUUGGCGCGCACACACACCUCUCGCGAGUGACGGCUCCUCUUCGCUCGCUCCUCCGCGACGUCCGUCGUUCUCCCUCUUCCUGGGUCGCCGCCGUCGUCGUCGUCGUCGUCUUCUCUCGUCUGUCUUCUCGCGGGACGAGACCGUAGGCGCGGCCGAGCCGAGUCGAGUCAAGUCAAGUCGAGUCGAGUCGUGCCGGGACCGAGACCGAGACCCCGUGUGUGCCAUCGAUACGCUCCAAGGAGCGGCAGGAGCCGACGUUCGAGAGAAGCGGAAGCGGACGAGAAAGAGGGAGAGAGAAAAGGAGACGUUGAGUGGCUGCUUGGGGGUACGUUUUGGUAGCGAGAGUAACCGAGUUCGUCCAGCUACGGCAAUACGAUGCAGAGCAACGGUUCGGAGAAUGUAGGAUCCGAGAAUGGAGUCGACAAAUCGGGAUGGACGGUUGGACUGAUCAACGGGAAGUUCAAGUAUCUAACGGCGGAGACGUUCGGUUUUAAAAUCAACGCUAACGGGUCGAGCCUGAAGAAGAAGCAACUGUGGAUUCUGGAGGGCAGCGAGCAUCAGGUUUUCCUUCGCUCGCACUUGGAUCGAUACCUGGCGGUCGACCAGUUUGGUAACGUGACGUGCGAGAGCGAGGACUCGUCGGAUCCAGGAUGCGCUUUUCAAAUACAACUCGCUUCCGACGGCAGCGGACGAUGGGCUCUGAAGAAUCUCCAGAGGGGCUACUUCUUAGGCUCGAGCCAAGAUGAAUUGAAGUGUACCGCUAAGGCCCCAGGCGAGGCGGAGUAUUGGCUGGUGCACCUCGCCGCCAGACCGCAGGUGAAUCUUCGGUCGGCUGGAAGAAAGCGGUUUGCACAUCUGAGCGCCACUCAGGACGAGAUCCACGUGGACGCGCCGGUGCCCUGGGGUGAGGACACCCUGUUUACCUUGGAAUUUCGCCCGGUGACGGGCGACGACGACAGCCACGGAAAUCAUUCUAAGCCCGAGGGCGGUCAUUAUGCGCUACACACUUGCAACAAUAAAUACCUCGCACGUGAUGGCAAACUUCUCGACUCUUGCACGCGAGACUGCCUGUACGCCGCGGAAUUCCACGCUGGUCUUCUCGCUCUUCGGGAUAUACACGGCGCGUACUUGGCACCGAUCGGAAGUAAGGCCGUUCUGAAAUCGAGAUCAACGACUGUCACGCGCGACGAGCUUUUCUCGUUGGAAGAAUCUCUGCCGCAAGCGUCCUUCGUCGCGGCGUUGAACCAGCGAUACGUCUCUGUGAAGCAAGGCGUCGACGUGACGGCCAAUCAGGACGAGAUUUCCGGCCACGAGACAUUCCAGUUAGAGUUCGACCGGGUGACGAAACGGUGGUACGUGCGAACGAUGCAGGACCGUUACUGGAGUCUGGAGGCCGGCGGCGGCAUACAGGCGUCGGAUCAUAAGCGCUCGUCCAAUGCGCUCUUCGACCUGGCGUGGCAGUCCGACGACGGCACGGUCGCGUUGCGCGCGAACAACGGCAAGUUCCUGGCCACCAAGCGAUCCGGCCAUCUCUACGCGAACGCCGACUCGUUGAACGGCAACGAUUCCGACGCUGCCAAGUAUUACUUCUACCUGAUGAACCGGCCCGUGCUGGUGCUGCGAUGCGAGCAGGGCUUCGUCGGGCCCAAGAGCGCGGCCAGUCCCAAGCUCGAGUGCAACAAGGCCGUUUACGAGACGAUACGCGUCGAGCGAUGCGAGCGCGGCUUAGUCAGAUUCAAAGGGCAAAACGGAAAAUAUUGGCACGCGGACAGCGAGGGGGUGACCGUGGACUCGGACGUGCCGUCCGACGGCUUCUACCUGGAACUGCGCGAGCCGUCACGGAUCUGCAUCAAGUGCUCGGACGGCCGGUACCUCACCGCGGGCAAGAACGGCGCGCUGCGUCUGGGCGAGUCGGACUACGACACCGCCACGAAGUGGGAGUUCUAAUGCGGAGGGUGAAACAGUAUAAAUGCAACGGGCAAGAUGUGUAUUCCACCGCCUCCUCAGCUUUGUGGUCGUAACUCGCAGCACCGUAACCCCGGAACAACAACGGCAGUUCGCGCUGGUUCCUGCCGCGUACUUAAUCGAGCAUACCGCGUCGCGUCGAAACGGCAGUUUACAGUAUUCGACGUUCCGCUCCAAUAUACACUUUUCUUUUUCUCUCGGUAAAGCUUCGCGGAUCCGCAGUAUCGAGACUGGCUGGUCCAUCCGCAACCGAUAACGCAAAAGUCCGAGAGACGUCCAAAGGACCGGCUAUUAUAACGGUCUAUUUUAUACGUAACACACAAUUUUAUAUCUUUAUAUAUUUAUAGGUAUAUACGGUUUGCCACGCUGCGAGCUCAAAUUUAUAUCAACAUUUUUCGUAUGCAUCACGUCCAUUCGUAAUUCUACGAUUUAAUCGUAGAAUUGAUGUAACAAUCGUCAUUAUAUAUACAUAUGUCUAUUUAGUUUAUAUUAUUCUGAGAUAUAUAAAAGAAAUAUAUAUGAUAAAAUGUAAUCGGUGAGAGAUCACGCGUCCAGGAAUCACAGAUUUUUCUUUCCGCUCACAGCGUGGUAAUGAGUUUUUGCUAUCGUUAUGGGUACAUUUUUAUAUAUCAGAUUAUUUAGAAGAGUAUAUAGAAAUAACAGUUAAGAAGGCACAAUUGAAAGAGAGGCAGAUCCAAUCCGAUCGAUAUCCAAUCACUACCCUGCCUCCCCCCAUCUCCUCGGUUAGAUCGAUAUCAAUCUCCAGAUUUCAUUACCGAGAUAUAUCUGUUACGAUCAUAUAAGUUAGGAAAAGCUCGUUCAACGAGAUGCACGCGCAGUUUCGCUGUACUACCCCGCUUCACACGUACUAGCCUACCGCGUAUGUUAAGUGAAUGAAAAUAUGCCGUACUAAGGCUUGGUGAUGGAAUGAUUCGCACCACACGGAUUCGUGAGAAAUCCCGUUCGCUUUUUUUCCCCUCUUUUCUCAUGUUCAUUGGGAGCGAUACUUCGACGCGCUUUUUAGCAGUAAGAUAGAUUUCGUCUCGGUCUCCUCGCUCUUCUCGUAAACGACGAGCAAAAUCGACAGGAUCGUUUCACGUGGAUCUGGAAACUCUCUGAUACAUCGAGUAAAAUUAUACGAAAUAUGAGAAUAGACUAUCUCGUGGAAGAGAGUGAGGGAGAAAAAAAUAUUAAGUUACGUCAGUCUCGUGUAAAUAUAAGUUUGCCACUUCAAUAUCAUUACACUAAUUACAGUAAUUGUAGCCAUUUGUACGCCUCGCGCCGCUUAAUUAAAAAAAAAGGCGAAACAAACAUUUACGAAUGCGAAGCGGGCGGGAAUAUAUGUUCGUUGAAUAUUUUACCACUUUGGACAAGAUGUUGCUCAGAUGUUACACGUCUCGAUUCACUGACGAGGACACACGUAUUACUCACUUAAACACACAUUACGUAAGCGGCGAUCUCUCUCUUUUUACUACUUUUUCACGGUAGAGCCGUAUUAAGAACAAUGGAUGUAAUAAAUUAAAGGAUGUAAUAAGACAAUUUUUUUAUUGGUCAG